CCGCGCCGCCGCGAGUGAAGGUCACCGGCGGGUCGCCGCCGCCUGCCGGAAGCGGAAGCGGAAGGAAAAGUGCGGGUGCUCGCGAGCCGGGGCCGCAGAGCGAGCGACGCAGCGGCGCCAUGGUGUCAGCGCAGCGGCUGGCAGACCUGGGCUACAAGGCCUUCUCCGGCUCCAUGAUGGCGCUGACCGUGUUCGCCAGCGCCCUGUGCACCGUCCGCGUCUACCACAUGCUCCGGCACCGCAAGGCCCGGCAGGAGGCUGGGGACAGCCUGGAGCCUGCCCAAGACUGACUCCUGCUGCGGGGGGCACCCGCCUCGUUCCCCUGCUGGGGGAUGGAAAGGCUCCUGGUGCGAAGGGGCUGCCCGCCCCGCUCUGAUUUAUUAAAAACCAUGGAUUUGGGUUAACUACAA